CCCGACCAGAACCACAGCUGUGAACCAACACCGAACACAGCACUCCACCACCUCCUUCUUUUCCACCCACCCAAGCAGUACCACUUCACUCCCCCCCCCUCCUCGAGCUCCCGGUCAACAAGACACCACCCCACAACCAACAACAGAAAAACCAUCUCAUCAUAAGAACCAUCCAACAACAAUCUGGCGACAGUCAAACAUGGAUCGUAACUUCCGAGUUGGUCCCGAUUACUCGAUCAUCGAUGUCGUCGGUGAAGGUGCCUAUGGUGUCGUCUGUUCGGCUGUUCAUGAACCAUCUAAACAGAAAGUAGCCAUCAAGAAAAUCACCCCAUUUGAUCAUUCGAUGUUUUGUUUACGGACGUUGAGAGAGAUCAAGUUAAUCAGAUGGUUCUCACACGAAAAUAUCAUCUCGAUCCUCGAUAUCGUCAAGCCUCCUUCACUCGAAGAAUUCACCGAAGUUUAUCUGAUCCAAGAGCUCAUGGAAACUGACAUGCAUCGGGUCAUCAGGACUCAAGAUCUCUCUGACGACCAUUGUCAAUACUUCAUCUACCAAACCCUCAGAGGUCUAAAAGCUCUUCACUCUGCCGCCGUACUCCAUCGGGAUUUGAAGCCUUCAAACUUAUUACUCAACUCGAAUUGUGACCUGAAAAUUUGUGAUUUUGGAUUGGCUCGAUCGGCGUUUAUGGGUGAACAAGAGGCUACGGGCUUCAUGACCGAGUAUGUGGCCACGAGAUGGUACCGUGCGCCGGAAAUCAUGCUCACAUUUAAAGAAUACACUAAGGCUAUCGACGUCUGGAGCGUGGGUUGUAUCUUGGCAGAAAUGUUGAACGGAAAACCUUUGUUCCCUGGGAGGGACUAUCAUCACCAGCUGACCCUGAUCUUGGAUAUCCUGGGAACACCCUCACUGGAUGAUUUCUAUGCGAUCAGUUCACAUCGAUCACGAGAUUACAUCCGAGCGCUCCAUUCAAGAAGAAGAAACCGUUUGGACAAUUGUAUCCGAAUGCGUCAGCCUUAGCGGUCGAUCUACUCGAGAAAUGUUUAACGUUCAAUCCGAAGAAACGGAUCACAUGUGAAGAGGCACUUCGUCAUCCGUAUCUGGCUAGUUAUCAUGACCCUGAUGAUGAACCGGAUUCCCCACCUCUCGACCCUAGCUUCUUUCAUUUCGAUAAUGGAAAAGAACAGUUGAGUAGGGAACAGUUGAAGGAGUUGAUCUUCAAUGAGAUCAUGUCUUGAUUUCAUUCCUUCUCGUAACUCUUGCAAUCAAAUCAGUCAAGUUGCUUUUUUCUUAAAUAUACAUAUACAAAGAAAAUAUACAUACACAAACAAAUCUCUUUCUUCCUUGUCUUUUUUUGUUAUCACCUAUUCUUUUUCUCUUAUGCAUCUACAUUAUCUUGAAUACACAUGUUUUUUUCAUUUCAUUUCUUUCCUCAUGUUUUAGUUUAGUUUCAGUUCUUUCCAGAUCCUUCCUUCUCAAAUUUCAUUUUGCCAGUUUUUGUGCUUUUAUAUCUGUUUGAUUUUUAGUUAUUUCUCUUUCUCCUCCUUAUAACCUUUCCUUUUUUUUCUUUUUUUGUUAUGGGAAUAUUCUCUUUUUUUGUACUUUUUUUUCUGAUCAGAGAAUCACAGCAAAGAAACAAAAAUCAAAAGCAGCUUGAUUAUUCAAGUUUUGAAAAAUACAUGCAAGCAAUAUACAAUGAAAAGAGUUCUGUAAAGAAUAAUUUUUUAUGUUAUCAAA